AUGAUCCCUUCGUUUGGGUGGCAGCCGCUCGGGCCGAAGCCGCUCCAGCCGCUGAGGGCGCAGCUUACACAGCGAACGGGUGGCCAUCUCACGGGCGAGGAAAGUGGCCGUGGGAAUGGCUGGCUUUCGUGCAGCUUGCUGGCUUUGGCUGUAGCGCGCGCGGGCCGCCCGUCCAGCGAACGCCCGACCCGGUCUGUGGGCUGCAGUGCGAUGCGCUCUGGCUGGCGCGGGCAAAGCCGGGUCCUUUGCACUGGCGGGUGCGGCUACAUCGGAUCUCACACGGUUCUUGGCCUUCUCCAGGCCGGCUACGAGGUGGUGGUGAUCGAUAACCUUUCUCGUGGCAGCUCGCAGUCCCUGGGGCGAGUGCUUCAGCUGCUAUCUGCCACCGAGAGGGUGGCGGUGGAAGAGCUGCGCUCCAGACUGAGGCUCGUGGUCGUGGAUCUAUGUGAUGAAGCGUGCCUGGAAGAAGCCUUAGUGUUUGAGCAGUUUGACUCCGUGAUUCACUUCGCGGGCUUCAAGUCAGUCGGUGAGUCUAUGGAGGUGCCCCAACUGUACAGAGAGAACAACGUUGGGGGCUUCGAGACACUGGUCCGGGUGUUGUCAAAACAUAGCAUCUCCUCGCGGGCUCUGCUGUCCAGCUCCUGCACGGUCUACCGGCCAUCUUCCGAAAAGAUAGACGAGACUGCUCCGCUGGAGCCCACCUGCCCAUACGGAGAGACCAAGUUGCGGCAGGAAGCAGUCCUGAAGGACCUGAUCAAAAGCAGUGGAUGGCGCGGCUGCAGCCUUCGCUACUUCAACCCAGCUGGCGCGCAUUCCAAUGAACUGGGCGAAGCACCAAAGGAUGGGACACCCCUCAUGCUCGUACCCUUGCUGCAGAGGAUGGCGUUGCAAGGAGAAGGCGAGCUUAGCGUGUUUGGAGGAGAUUACAACACGAGGGAUGGCUCUGCCGUCAGGGACUACAUACACAUUCAGGAUCUUGUAGAUGCCCACGUGAAAGCCCUGCGGCGCUUGGACUUGCAGGAGUCGCAGGAGCUGGAGGUCUUUAACCUGGGCAGCGGUGAGGGCAGCACCGUGUUCGAGGUGCUUGAUGCAUUCAGCCACGCCAGCGGCCGACGCCUGGCCCCCAAUGUCCAGGCCCGGCGCCCAGGUGACGCCGCCUUCGCGGUGGCAGACCCAAGCCUCGCACAUCAGGUGUUGGGCUGGAGGGCAACCAGGAAACUGGACCAGAUCCUGACCUCAGCAUGGGAGUUUAUUCGGGCGAACCCAGACGGCUUCAAGAAGGACCCUCCGUACCCGCGUGCAGUUCCUGGUGUUGCUGACCGCCUCAGGGACCUCGCGCAGCUCCUUUUCCCUGACUCGACGCGACUGCAUGCACUGCAUGCAGCCAUCAUGGAGUCCUCCAAGGUGGUUGGGCGAUGCUCCGCAGUUGCUCAGCCAAAUCUUCGAGGACUCACCUACGUGGUGGAUUGGGGUGGAAGCACCCUGCGGGUCUUGCGCUUCGCAGCGGGCGCGGAAAGAUACUCCGGUGAGGCGGAGAUCAUCAGCGAGCACCUCAAGGCACAAGACGCCUCGCCAGACGAACUCUUCGAUUUCAUGGCGGAUGUUGUGGCCAGGGUAUUCCAUCGCCAUGGGGAUGCUGGCCAAGGGCAAGCCAUCCCGCUCUGCUUUGUCGUCUCAUUCGCGCUGUCCUUUGAGUCCUUUGGGCCAACGAAGGCCGUGACCUUGACGCACUGGGCCAAAGACUGGGCCACCCCGGGAAUUCAGGGUCAAAACCUGGCGGAGCUCAUGGCUCAGGCGCUGGCCAGGAGGCGCUUACCGCUGAAGGUCACCAAGGUCCUCAACGAUUGCGUGGCCUCCCUUUUUGCUCUCUCGGAGGUCGUGGCCGAUGCUGCCGUGGUUGUGGGGACGGGGACAAAUGCCUGCUUCGUCCGCAGGAAGUCGGGCAGCGAGUCGGAGGAGUGUCGUGAGGUGCUGUCUACAGAGUGGGGUGGAAUCACAAGUGGCUUGCCAGUUCUUCAGGCGGAUCGUGAUGCCAACAAUGGCGGGGAGGUGAAUCUGGAGCGGAUGGUCUCCGGCCUCUAUCUUCCAAGAAUUGUUCAAAGGCUCCAUGCGCAGCCAGCUGAGGGUACUCUUUGUCCGAAACAAGAGCUCGCCACAAGCAUGGAGGCCAUGGAGGCCUGCAGCGCGGCUGACAGUGGGGCGAUCCAAAGCUGCGAGUUCGUGACCGCCAGGUCCGCAGCCAUUUGUGCCAAGGCGUUGGCGGCAGUGCUGGACAACCUGGCGCGGGCCAAGGCCGGCAAGAUGGAGCUGAUGGAGGUCGUCCUUGAUGGGGCACUGUUUCACAAGCUACCUCAGUACUUUUGGUGGUUCAAGCACCACCUCUUAGAGAGCCUCCGCCCGCAGCUGCAGCCGCGGGUGAGGCUGCAUCUGGUCAAGGAUGCAGCCUCACUCGGCGCAGUGCGCGUGGCGGAUGGUUCCGUCUUCUUUCAACACGCUGCAUGA